AUGUCUCGGUCCUUAGGCAUCACCUGCACCGAGCUGGCGGAAUGGAAACCACUGCUGUUUCACAUGAAUGCGAUGAGUGCCUUAUACCACAUUGCUGAGAGCGAGUCCCCCGUGCUCCAGUCAGGACACUGGUCUGAGUACCUCCGGAAUUGUGUCGGCUCCUGCCUUCAGAAAAGCCCUCGAGACAGACCAACCUCAGAGGUUCUUCUGAAGUACCGCUUUGUGCUCCGGGAGCAGCCACCCGCAGUCAUCAUGGACUUAAUCCAGAGGACCAAGGACGCUGUCCGGGAGCCGGACAACGUGCAGGACCACGAGAUGAAGAUACUGUUGCAAGAGGCGCCCAGUGGCCCUGGUGCUGAGGCCCCAGAGGAGGAGGCCAAGCCCUCCAUGCAGCGGGCCGAGACACGGGCCGGCCCUGAAGCCCGGGACACGGCCGCCAUGCAGGAGGGCGAGCACGCCGUCAUCUCCCACAGCUCCAUCGUCCACCGGCUGCCGGGCUCUGACAGCCUCCGUGACGACCCCUACCCGCCAGAGAUGAGCCCAGGCCCUCUCCAGCCACCUGCAGCCCCGGCUCCCACAUCCACCACCUCUUCUGCCUGCCGACGGGCCUACUGCCACAGCCAGGACAGCUCUGCCACCAUCCGUACUGCCUGCCUGGAGCUCCAGGAGAACCCCAGCACUGCCAAGCGGGAGAAGCCCGGGUGGCUGUUGCGGCCGAAGGAGCAGCUGGCCUUGGAGCUGCAGUGUCGCCAGUACAAGCGCGAGAUGCUGCCGGCUCGUCACAGCCCGGACCAGGACCUGCUUCGAGAGGACUUGAACAAGAAACAGACACAGAAGGACUUGGAGCGUGCAUUGCUGCUACGGCAGCCUGAGGCCACACGGGAGCCGGAGCUACGGCAGCCCCAGGCCAUACAGCGCACACGGCCGAGCUCACCCGCCGGCAGCAGCAGAUGGAGCUGGGCAACCAGCUGGAGUACAGUAAGCAGCGUAAGCAAGACCGCGGCAGAGCACGCAGCCCAGGUUCGCCAGCAGCCCAAGAGCCUCAAAGUGCGGCAGGCCGGUGUUCCCCGGGCCUCCCACUCCCCGCUCCUGGGGCUCUGGGACCACCUAACACAGGCACCCUUAAAGAAGAGCAGCCCUGGGCUUCCCUGGUGGCGCAGUGGUUGA